UGCAAAGUGAGACCGUUAUCCAGCCGAAACGUUGCACUUGAUACCAAAAAUGGAGAAAGACCGGCGGUUCAAUUUAAAACUCUUGGUGCCUCCGCUGAUGAAUAACAGCCAGGUGACCGCAGUUCGACCCCAAGAAAGUGUCGAGACCGAAACUGAGCUGGGUCCCAGUAAAUACUUUGUUAAAGAGCAGACGACUCUACCUCCACUUAACAGAAGUGUGGUCGCCCCGACUCAACCAAGUACACACGAUUGUCUCAAGAUGAAAGUGGCCCCAACAGAGAAAGAGGAGAGCAACUGUACUCCCGGACAGCUUUGCUCCAAAAUGUUUGAGGAGGUGGAGAAAAUCAAAUGCUGGAAAGUCAAAGUGGUCUGUGAUGCCGCUCAAAGCGAGAGGAAACUUCAGGAGAACAAAAGAACAAUUGAAAGUCAGCGCAAAGCCAUUCAGGAGUUGCAGUUUCAAAAUGAAGGUCUCAGCAUCAAAUUUGAGGAGCAGAUGAGUGAAAAUGAGGAUUUGCAGAACAAACACAACGCAACCCGCAACUUGUGUAAUCUGCUGAAAGAAACCUUUGAGCGGUCGGCAGACAAAAUGCAAUUAUUUGAAUCCGAGCGUGAGGAGACGCAUCACCUUCUAAUGGAAAACACUGACAGUGUUCAGAAAUUAAUUGCAGCAUUCGAUCAUCUUCGUAUUCAAGCCGAAGCCCAGCAGAAAGAAAUGCAGACUGUCAAAGAGGAUUUGCAGAAAUAUGAAGAGCUCAAACAAAAGGAUGAAGAAAAAUACACCCUAAAAGAAAAAGAGGUGGUGACACUUAAAGCUAGACUUCAGGAUAAAGACGGUGAACUCGGAAAACUCCAAAGUAUCCUCCACUAUACUCAAAAUCAAUGCAAACUACUUCAAGAGGCCACAACUCAACAAAGUGAGGAACUGAAAAGCUCCAAAAUGGAGCAGGAGUCCCUUCUCAAAAAACUACACUCAGCAGAGCAGCGCUGUGAAGAAAGCGAGGCAAGCCGAGAAGCCAUGGAUGUCGUGCUGAGACACUACAAAGAGGAGCACGCGCAGAUCCUCAGCAGCAAAGAUUUAAGCUUACAAGAGGUUCAUCGAGUUAAAAAUGAACAAGCCGAGGUGCUCAAGCAAGUUCAGGCAACCCUUGUGGAGCUGCAGAAUUCAUUAGACUCUGAGGAGCGAAGGGCUAAGGACUGUGAGGAAAAACUAAUGGUGCAAAAACAAGAACUUGAAAGGAGUAACAAACUUCUAGGAGAAGUUGAAGAGCAAAGUGCCAGAAAAGACGAGCAAAUCACAAUCCUUCAGACUGAAUUGGAGAAAUGUUUGAACUCAUUGGAGCUCAUCAAGGGAAAAGCUGAUGUCUUUCAAGUCAAAGUAAAGGAUCUCCAAGCUGAGCUUUCAGAAAAAACUAUCCAAGCCGAGCUCGUCAUGGGUGAGGCAAAGACUAUCCGUGCAGACAACGAAAAGCUCAAGAAAGCUGGCGAAAAGGCAGAAGAGGUUUUCAUGGAGAAGCACAGCAUCACUGAGAGCAAAGUGCACGAACUGGAGGAAAAGUUGUCCAGUGAAAUGAAGAAAACCAAAGAGUGCAGCGUCGAGAUAGCGCAGCUCAAGACCGAACUUGCACAGCAAGAAGUCAGGCACAAAGAUCUGCUGUCUAACCUAAAUAAGGUUCAUUGUGAGAAGACAGCUGUUGAGCAGCAGUUUGAGAGAAUGUCCUCUAACAUGGAAGUCAUCACGACAAACAUGAAGGUGAGUGAGGACCAGGUGGUGACGCUCACAAAGGGAACGCAGAAGCUUGAAGAAGAAAACCAACGUUUACGGGCGGAAGUACACACCAUGAGAAGUCUAACCCCAAAACAGUGUGAAGAAAUAAAGAUGUUUCAAAAUAAAAUGGAAGAUAAUUUUGAGAUUUUGCAAGAGAAGAUUUUACAAACAGAAGGACAGCUCGAAGCCGCGGAAGCGAAGUGCUCCUACCUCGUGAAGAAAAUUCGAUCUCACCGUAAAGCAAGGGAAUAUGAGAAAGAGAUUAAAAAGUAUAAGACAGAAAUGGCAAAACAUCUCGCGAAAUACAGUCAUCUUGAAAAUAAGAUGAGCAGGCUGAACGAGGAGUCCCAGAACCAGAAAAGGCAACUGGAGGAAAAGCAGCAGAAGCUGCUUGACGAUCUUCAAGCCAAAUCCUCAUUUGCAGCUGAGCUUGACAUUAAGAUGCAAGAGCUGCGAUUAACAGCAGCCGAAGCCGUCAAAAGCAGAGAGGACGCCGAACUCAAGUGUCAAAAUAAGACUGCCGAUAUGGUCGCACUGAUGGAAAAACACAAAAGUCAAUAUGACCGUGUGGUCAAAGAAAAGGAUGCAGAACUGGACGAAAGGAAGGAGAGUGAGGCAGAGGCAGUUGGCGCAAGGAAGUCGCUGGAGAUGGAAGUCUCCAAGCUCAAGACCGAAAACAAUCAAUUGAAGAAAGAGUUGAUGACUGAGAAGGACAACUUUCAGAAGGAGUCAAGUCAUCUGAAGGAAGAAUUGUCAUCACUGAAACUAUCCCGGCUGUCCCAAGAAAAGAACACUAUGGCAAGUACCGUCAACAUGAAAGAUAAAGGGAGAGGUACAGAUACACCAAGAAGCUGGUCUUCAAAGUUGAAUGUGUUCGACUUCUCCAAGGAGUCCGAUUUUGGAUCCAUCGUAAUGUCUGGGGAAAAAACACCAAAGAAAAAGGAACUCCACCAUGAAGACAUUGCUUCUCCGGGAAGUGGGACAAAGUGGGCCGGCAGAACGGAAAAAAUUAAAACCUACAGAAUAAGGACGCCCCCUAGUGCCGAAAAGCCAGGAAGCUGGGUAAGGAGAGUCAUGGAGCUGGAGCCCAAGCCUGACAGCUCUGAUCCAAACAAUAUUUCGACUGUUAAAAAUGCACCAGCAUCCCACUUGUCAAUUCCCAACUCAAAAUGCAACCCGCUCAAAAAGAGCCCUGCUUCUGCCAAGUCACCAGGAACCUCCCUGAAGUCAGCGGCCAUCAAGAGAAUGCGUGACGCUGGCUGGAUCGCCGUCUUUGGCAGUGAGCAAAAGAAGAGAAAGACUCGAGCAAAGAUAUUUUCAUAAAUUGCCCCAUUUCAGGGGGGCGUUACUCGCAGUUCAUCAGUUAAGUGUUCAAUUCCAACUUUGAUAUCCAAACUUUUGGUGGUGGGAAUGUAGUAAAAAUGUGGUUGUGGUUAAAGAAAUAUACUGGGAAAAGGUAUAGUUUUGUAGUUGUUUUUCAAGUAGUAUUUUCAUAAGCAUAGCAGUGGUAUUGUAGUUGUCAAAGUUUGCGAGUGUAGUAAUAAUUCCAGUUAGUUAUUAAGUGAUGUAUGCUGUAGUGGUAGUCACAGUUUGCUCGUGGAGUUCCGCCACACAACACUAGGUACCAGUUAUUGCAGUAGUCAUAGUAAUGUAUUAGUAUGGAAGGAUUUCAUAUUUGCAUGUUUUAUCAGUAUAAAUGUGAUAUGUGAAGAAAAGGCUUAUUUGAGUUUUCAAAUGUGAACUGUACACUAUUCAUGAGUUCACUGACAGAAAUCAAAUAAAGAUGAAUGCUAAAUUGAAGUCUGCA